AUGGGACUAUGUGCCUCCACUCACCAGCCGCCCAGUGGGCGCUCGGACGGCUCGCAGCAAAAAGGCAAGCCUGGGGCGCGAGGAGGCGAGGUGCAAGGGGCCGGCAAGGUGUUCCAUCUGGAUGUGGACGCCGGCAGCAAGGCGGCAGGGUUGCGGCGGCAGCAGCCGGGCUCGCCUCCCAUCUCAGCGAGGCUGUCGCAGCAGCAGCAGCAGCAGCAGCAGCAGCAGGGCGAGCUGGGAGAGCAGCCCUCUGGCAGCGCGCAGCGCCGGCCCAGCAGCGGCGGCAGCAGCAGCAGCGGCGGCGGGGUCGGCGGGGCCAGCACCCGUGCGCGGCGCCUGUCGUUCACAGGCCCUUGCGGCGGCACCGCGGCGGCUCCUGCCCUGCCCGCGGCACCCAGCAGCAGUAGCCUGUCCAGCGCUGGAACCCCCAGGGAAGAGACGAGCGGCCGUGGCGGGCUGCCGGCCCUGAGUGCUCAGCCCGCGCUGCCAGAGGCCCACCCUCUGCCUGAGCGGAGGGUGCGCUUCGACUCCCCUAUCAAGACACACGGCCGGCGGGAGGAGGAGGAGGCCGGCGCAGGCACGGCACCGCUGGCGUCGCCGCUCGUGCCUGUGGCGCCGCGUGUUGGCGCGCCCCCGCUACCGCCGCCCUCAGCCCUGCGGCAAGCUAGCCGCGAGGGCACGCCGUCCCGCCCCUCCGCAGCCCCCGCCCCGCCGCUGUCGCCAGCCAAGGCGGCGGCCGCGGCGUUUGCCGCUGCCGAGGCGCGCCUGCGGCGCGGCCUGGCCGCAGGCGGCUCCCCCACCAAGGCCGCCGCAGCUGCGGCGGUGCCCAUGUCUGAGCUCAUACAUUCGGUGGCCAGCCUGUCGCGGGCGGGACGGGAGCCAUCGUACCGCAAGCAGAACCAGGACACCUGCUUUGCCUUCUCCCAGUACUGCCGCCCCACCCAGGCGCUGCUGGCGGCGCUGGACGGCCACGGCCCUCACGGACACGCGGUGUCUGAGUUUCUUCGCCAGAAGCUGCCGCUGGAGCUGGCCGAGCAGCUGGGGGAGAGCGGUACCGUCGCCGGCCGCGCCGCAGCCGCCGCCGGUGCCGGCGGCGCCGCCGCGGGCACCCCCGCAGACGCCGCCGCCGCCCUGUCCGCCACCUUCCUGCGUGUGGACCGGGAGCUGUGCGGCGGCAGCGGCGUGAGCGUGGCGUACAGCGGCAGUACGGCGGUGGUGUGCAUGCUGCAGGGGCGGCGCCUGACGACGGCGUGGGUGGGGGACAGCCGCGCGGUGCUGGCCCGGCAGGAGCCGCGCGGCUGCCGCGCCAUCUGCCUGACGCGGGACCACAAGCCCAGCACCCCAGACGAGCGUGCCCGCAUACUGAUGAGCGGCGGCCGCGUGGAGCACCUGUCCGACCAGCGGGGCCAGCCGGUGGGGCCGCAGCGCGUGUGGCUGGCGGACAGCUGGGUGCCGGGGCUGGCGAUGAGCCGGGCGCUGGGCGACGCAGUGGCGCACACCGUGGGUGUCAGCUCAGAGCCCGAGACGUCGGUGGUGGAGCUGUGCCCGCAGGACAAGUGGCUGCUGCUGGCCACAGACGGGGUGUGGGAGUUCAUGGAGCCGCAGCUGGCUGUGGACAUUGUGAGCGGGUGCAAGGAUGCGGAGGAGGCGUGCCGCAUGGUAAAUGGCAAGCCAUUGGUACUGAAGGCAUCCAUGCCACAAAGGCCACCAGCGCCUGUUAGAGUGUAA